AUGGCCGAACUGAAGAACAUUACUGGAACUAUAAACUCAGAUGUCCAAAAUGACGUCAUGCCGUCUAGUGACGUCAAAGAUACUGAGCAGGAAAUGAAAAACUUGGAGUCGACGUGCAGCAAGGCUUUAAGGACAGUUGUACUUGUCUGUGUGUGGAUAUCAAUGGGAACAUAUAUGGAAAUAAAUGGACCAACGUUAAAAGACUUGAUUUUGAGAACAAGAAGUAGUUACGAGGAUGUCACAAGUGCUGUUUCCGGUCGUAGCGUUGGGAAAUUUGUUGGUGUGGUGAUUGGUGGGUUGAUAACAGACAGAUUUGGCCGUUACUCUGAUCUCUUCAUUGCUCUGUCACUGACUGUAGCGGCAAUAACUGUGGCCAUUGUUCCGUGGAUCAACCACACUGAUGUUCUCUGGGCGUUCUACCUCCUUCUUGGCAUUACAAUUGGAACCAUCGACAUUGCUGGACAGAGAAUAGUGUUGGUCAGUUGGAAAGAAAAAGCGGCUUCUCCAAUGCACAUCGUCCACCUGGGCUACGGCGUGGGUGGAUUUGUCGCUCCUCUCAUCGCAAACCCCUACCUAGCUGUCACAGAGACUGUGGGUCCUAACACCACAAACUCGUCUAUUUCAAACACAUCCAUGAUACCGACUACCACUAUCCCAACCACCACUACAACCAGUGUUAUCUCCCCUUCUCGUAUAGAAUAUGCCUACGCCAUUGUAGCUGGAAUAGCUGUUGUUGUAGCUAGCGUUCUUUACGGAUAUCAAUGCAGAACCUCUCUUUUAAGCCGCAAGCAUGAGACAAUGAAAAGUGACAACCAGAACCUCACCAGGACUAGAAAAUGGCGGGAAAUGUUAAACCCGGCCUCCUGUGCUGAAGGUCACUUUUGCUUUGGGUUUCUUAUACUGGUUGCGUUGUUCUUGAAAUAUUUCGUAUACACAGCCUGUGACAGAAUGUUCUCGACGUUCAUUAGAUCGUAUUCAAUCGACCACCUAAACUUCAAUAAUGAUGAUGCCAGUUAUCUUAACACAUUGUACUGGAUCUUUUACGCUGUCGGUAGAUUUGUAGGCUUCGUGUCCGCCAGAUGGGUCAGUGUUAAGGUUCUACUGAUGGUUGAAUCAGCCUGUUUGUUAGGUGUCAGUGUAGGCCUAUAUACAAUAGCAACCUAUUCUCAAACAGCGCUCUGGGUGUUAACAGCAAUGGCAGGGUUCUUUAUAGGACCCAUUUUCCCGUCAGGAAUAGCAUGGGGUGACCUCCACAUUGAAUUGACAGGACUGGCCAUCACAUGGGUUUUACUUGGAAGUUCCUUUGGGGGGCUGGCUUUUCUAAGAUUCGGCGGUUAUGCCUAUGAUCAUCUUGGCAACAAAGCUUUUGUGUUUAUGUUUAUGAUAUUAACGAUAACAGUUCUCUGCGUUGAUAUUCUGCUAACUGUCCUGAGUUUGGCUAAGAAACGUAUUACUGGUCGGAAGGGUUAG